AUGGACGACGCUGCCAAGGGCACCGCUAAACCAUGUCCCCAGGCCAACGGUGCUGAUGUCACUGUGGCCAUUGUGACCCGCGGGGGACAAGCCUACAUAAAGCAUCGCUGGGCUCAGGCUGUGCCUCAGUGCGACCUGCGUGGGGCUGAGAGCGGUAGCAGGGGCAGGCAGAAGCUCCCCAAGCGCCCCGGGGCAGGGCCCCUCCGUGCCGCAGCCAGCGGGGCCCAGGCUGGGCCGUGGGCACCUGCUGCUGGGACACCCGUGCCUGCAAGGCCAGCCCUCAGGGACGCUUGCCCCGGUCCUGCAGAGGUGAGCUGCUCAUUCCCGCUGUCGUUUGCUCUCUCCCCUCCAGCAUGCAUGCUGUGUGGCCGGGCAGAGGCUGACCCGCACAUCUGCGGGAAGAAACUGCAGAAGCAAGGGAUCUGCGCCCACCUCUUUUGCCUGUUUUUUACCAAGAAGCUUUUUAAUCAAGAGAGUAUGGAUGGGGUAAGCCUGAAGGAUAUCCGACGCACAAUCAAGCAGGCAUCACAGAGGCGCUGCUUCGUCUGUGGCGAGAGCGGGGCCGCCAUCACCUGCUGCCAGGAGGGCUGUGACCGCAGCUUCCACCUCCCCUGCGCCGUGGAGGGGGAAUGCGUCAUGCAGUACUUUGGGCUUUACAGGUCCUUCUGCUGGCAGCACCGCCCAGAGCAGGCAGUGGAGGCGGCUCCGGGGGAGAACACCGCCUGCCUCAUCUGCCUGGACCCUGUGGAGGACAGGAAGUCCUACGGCACCCUGGUGUGCCCAGCGUGCAAACAUGCCUGGUUCCACAGGGCCUGCAUCCAGAACCAAGCUAUCUACGCUGGCUUCUUCUGUUUCCAGUGUCCACAUUGUCAAAAUGAAUAUCGAUUUCUGAUGGAAAUGCUCACCAUGGGCAUCCGAAUCCCCAGGAGGUUGGUUUUUCUAUUCCAAGUCACCAGACAGGAGGGUGCCAGCGUUGUGCCGUGCCAGGGACUGCCCCUGCGCUCCCGGCCCUCCGCUCUCUCCCCUCAGCCUGGGCUUCAGCUUCACGCAGGAGUCAGAAAGCGGGCAGGGGGAGGAAGAGCAGGGACGCCCUGCAUCUGCCUUAUGCCGGGGUAG